AUUUAGGUGAUCAGAAUUUUAUCCAAACACAAACACUUCACUGGUAGCUUCUGGCCUUUAAACUGAAACUUUGGGAAAACUGUAUUCCCAUUCUAUUUUAGUUGAAACUAGAAGUGAUUGUGAAAUAUAUAAGCACUUACUCGUUGCAAACUUAUUGAAAGCUUUGGUUGAGCAAAUUCCUAAUAGCGCUUUUAACUUAGUUGGCAUAAAACUUCAAAAAAUUUCAGCACAAUUUAUUAGCUAUCGAGUCAAUACAAUUUGCUUUGCACUGAUACUUUGCAACAGACGUGGUCGCUUGUAAUGUAUACUUAAUACAAGUGGCGAGUUUUUUUCGUUUCAUUGUUUUUUGCAUCAACCACACAGAAUUUAAUUCUUGCUCAUAAACCGCCAAUAAAACCAUCUGGUCAUUAUGUAUUUUGAAUACAUUUUACGGUUAAAAACUGAAUAAAUCGCUAUUGCAUUUCUGAAUUACGUCUACAGUAGUUUUUGUUCAAUUUUGAAAUCAUUCCAAGCAGAGACCAAAAUUUUCCAGUAUUUAUGAAAAUUUUGUUGGCUCCAACGCAUAUAUUGUUUAAAAAUUGGUUUCUUUACCAGUUGGUUUAAAGACACAAAAAAAAACAAGUUUCAUUUGAAAAACUAUCAUCAAAAAUGGGCCCAAAACCAGAUUCAAAUUCGGGACCCUCGUCGAGUACAGAGCCCGAAUCAGUGCCGUUAAUGCCAAUGGAUAAUAAUCACAUGGUAGAAGAGUUGCAAGAAGCAAAGAGCGGACUAUCACAUGUGGAACGAGUUUCAGACGACUCAAAUGACGUAGUUAUUGAUAUGAACAACCCAGCUAACGAGGAAAUAAGUGCAAAGAAAAAGACCACGUUUCCGCCAGGUUUCGACAUAGAAAAAGUGCUUGACUUGGCGUGUGAUGGGGAAAGUGAGAGGAGGAAGGCGCUGAGACAGCUAUUUCAAACAGCAGUCAGAACUGCAAAUAUCGAUUGUGCCGUCGACACCUUUGGAGCUGUUCAGAUGGAGAUCAAACACAAGGAAGACGCCAAAAAGCUGGAGAAACUGAAAAACGAGACUAAAAACAGGUGUUUGUCCCUUCUCCAAUGGAGUGCGGUGUUGGGUCUGGACAAACUAGUUCCAGCGCUGCUCCAUCUGGGAGCGAACCCGAUGCAAGUGAUUGCCAAAACAGAGAGAACAGUGCCUAUGAUUGCAGCUGGAUUCAAUCACGCUUCGGUUGCACUGAAAGUACUGGAAAGUUCCAACGAAGAGCAACUAGUCAAAAAGGAAACGAGUGAAUUGGACAGCCUGAUAGAGAUAGCGGCUGCUAAUUAUUGUACGGAUGGGGACAAAGAUCAAGGAAAACAAGACGGUGGUUUGAUCCCAGAGCUGUUGGUGCGUUAUCGCAAGUUCUACCUGGAGGAUCCGAAGGGAUCGAACCAGGCGCUAAAGGCCCUCUCAGAGGCAAUAAAAGCAGGAAACUUCUGGGCUGUCAAGUCCUUGGUAGACAACGGAGUGCCCAUCAACAAACCCGACUUGACUGGAAUCCCGCCACUAGUUCUCGCUAUUCAAUUAGAACGCGAUCAUAUAGUCGAAUUCCUCUCGUCACACAAAUCAUGCGACGUCAAUGUCGAGGCGGCCACUAAAGACACGCCUUUGAUGGUCGCAGCUAGAUGUAAACGAGUCAAAUUUCUGGAAAUUCUGCUCAACCAUUCGAACAUUGAAUCUAACAAAAUGACAACGACUUUGAUACACGGUCCAAAAACAGCACUGAAAGAGGCCGCUUACAUGGAAAACUCCGAACACAUAGAAUUACUUAUCAAUUCCGGUGCCAAUGUUGUCGAGAAUUCAGGAAAUAAAAGUUGCAACGCGUUGCUGCACGCAAUCGAAAAGGACAAAUCGGGGUCAACUCAAGCGUUGAUUGGUCAAUUUUUUCAAGAAUGUCUGGGCGGCAGUAUGAUCAACUCGAAAAACUUCGAGGAUACUUUGAUGGCAUGUGUCUUUGCAAACAACAGUGACGUUCUUAAGAAUAUUCUAGAACAUGAGUCGUUCGGGAAGUGUCUACAUAAAUAUGGCGGGCGCUAUGUCUUGUGGAAAUGUCUUAUGUGUGCGUGUCAGAAGGGUUUGAAAGAUAUAGUGAUGGUGUUGGUCAACUACCCUUUGACCCCUAAAGUCACGUGCCGCGCUGACCUUACGUGUUUGGCGGAAACUUCCGACUCUAAUGGCCGAACUCCUCUUCACUGUCUCGCAGGCACGUGUCUAGAUGAAGAGAUAAUCGACAGUCUCAAAGGCGAAGACAAAACGCCCCUGGACACCAACUGGCUUCUCAUCCGGAGUGACCGUGGUAAGACAGUGAUGGAACACUUCAGUCGGGAAGAAACACUUUUAGCCUUUCUUGGACUGGAAGCAGAUCCAAAAGUAAAGUGGGUCGAAUCCUUGCCUGCAAACAACCACGACAUCUUCAAAGAAAAGUACUCAAAAAUGGACCAGGAAAUUUUGAAGAUAGCUGUCAAAAGGUUCCCGAUAGUCGCAGAUGCCAUAAUAAAGUCUAUGGUCGUAUGCUCUGGCUGGGGUAUCCAUGACGAUAAUUUGGAAGUGGCGGUUAAUUGGCAGAUAAUAAACGACGCAGAGAUUUCUGUCCAGUUCUGCUCAAACACCGAAGAUAAAAAGUACUCGGAUAUCUUACGAAUAGCGUCCGAAUACAGUCCUGAUUUACUUCAAAACCCGAUCAUGAAGAUGUUGCAACGACAUCACUGGAGAAAGCUUCCCAAUUUGGUCUUUAGAGUGCAAAUGGUUUGGGCUUUUUUGCUCGCUCUGCUAACUACAGUCGCGAUUCUAGAAUGGAAAGCGGGCUCCUACAACACAAUCGUGUUUUCAGGACUGCUGUUCAUGGGAAUCGCGUCGUUAUUUUUACACUUCCUUCACAUCUUUGGUGGCAUUCGAGCAUACAUGUCGUCGUUUUAUAACUACAUACAGUUUGUACUCUAUGUGGGAAUCAUUCUGGCGGCACUGAUAGCCUUCCGGCAGAAUUGCAAGCCAGAGUAUGAGAAUUGCGAGGAGAUUCCGGAGAUAGUGAAAAAGAACUACAGAGAGAAGUUCUGCUGGUUCUCUUUCCUCAUCCUCGUCACAUGGCAAAACUUCUUCAAGGUCAUACAACGCAGCACCAUCCUCGGCCUCUACUCAAUCAUGUUCCAAAACGCUUUCGUUAGUUUUCUAGGGGUCAUUUUCCCACUCGUUCUUCUUAUUUUCUCAUUCGGGAUUACCUUCUAUGCGCUAUACGCCCCCGACUCACAGACAGUUGAAGUGGAUGAUUUCCAGGGGUUCCUGAUGAAGAUAGCGGUGAUGACAAUCGGAAGCGUAGACUCCACCGAUAUGGGACUCGAUACCCACUCGGGUCAAUACAAUCCACGUCUCAUUCUCGCGAUCUUCUUCGUCGUUUCCGUCACAGUUAUAACCUUCAAUUUACUAACCGGUCUGGUUAUUAAAGACGUCAACGAGGCUCUUGAUAACUCGAAGCUGUUUUUGAUGCAGUUGAGAAUCGAACAGAUUUCGGAAACGGAAGUAAUAGCAAACAUAUUAUCAAAAAUGUUCCCUCGAAUCAAGGAAAAGGUCGUGUUUUGUUCACGCAUUUCAGUUUUCAGGCCGAACCAAAACCUCACAGGGCGAGGGUUGGCCAAACGCCGGCUUGACCUAAAGCUGAACAGUUUCAUGUCUCGCGCUACGAUACACGACGAGAUUUUAGAAAUGGCAAAAAAAUGAAAACCCAAAACCUCUCAAUCUAUCUUCAUCUCUCUCGCAUGCCAAAAUUUCAUUUUUGAAUCCUAAUUACAAACUUGUGAAAGUUGAUACCAAAACUUGGAGUUGUCAGCUAUGCCGCCUAUAAUAAAUAAUGCCCUAACUUUUCCUUAUUUGAAAAUUGAAAUAAAUUCUUAUGUAAAUUG